AUGGAAUCAUCCAAAGUGUUGGCACUUUACUGUCUAGGGAUUAUUUGUCUCCAAAUAACAGUUGAUGGGAGUAAAAUACUGUUAUUCCCUAAUGAUGUAGGCUAUAACAGCAGAGUAAUGAACAUGCUUAAACUAGGAAGAAUGCUCACUAAUGCAAAACACCAGGUAACAUGUGUUAUUUCUGACAAAAUGAGAGAAGAGGCAAUGUUUAAAUUAGCUGAGGGGGAAAACGCUGACUUAAGCUUCAACGUGGUCAGCUAUAAAACUCCACCAGUGGAAAUGAGGACUGACAACGAAGACUUAUCUGAUCUAAUGCUUAAUCUAGAUAUGCCCCAGCUUUAUGUAAUCGUUGGUGCCAUGUUCUUUAAUACAUUGGAGAACACACUAAAGGACAAAACUAUCGUUAAGUUGGCUAAAGAAGAUUUUGACCUGAUUAUAACUGAUGAACUUGUGUUUUUUCCAAGAAUCAUAUCUGCAAAUAGAAGCAUUCCAAUCAUUUUGUACAGCAAUUUUGGCACUCUGACUUUUGACUCAGACAUUAUUCCAAGGUACAGCUUAGCAUUCGUUAAUGGAUGUUUCAAUAGAUUCAGUGAUGUCAUGUCAUUUUUUCAAAGACUGGAAAAUGUUUGGGAAUAUUUGAGAGUGAAAUUGGUAUUGUCUGAUGCUUACUCUGCAGCUAAAGUGCUUUGUAGAAGCUAUGGCUAUGGAAAGUCUUGUGACAAUAUAAGGGAAAUUCACAAGACUGUUAACCUUGUGCUUAUGAACAGAAAUGAUGUUAUACACUAUCCUGCACCAUAUAUGCCACAUAUUGUGUCUACAGAAGGGUUUUUCUUGGAAAAGCCUAAACCUUUAGAUGCCUAUUACAAAGAUAUUUUAAAGGGGUCAGAAACACAUGGCAUUAUUGUGGUAAGCUUUGGAUCGCUUUUUAGGAGAUUAGGACGGAAAUAUCGCACCAUAUUUGCUAAAGCAUUUUCCAGAAUGCCCCAGACAGUGAUAUGGAGUUACGAAGGUGAAACGCCUGAAGGCCUAGGUGAGAAUACGAUUGUCAACAAAUGGAUUCCACAAACUGAUCUGCUGUCAAGUCCUGCAGUUAAACUAUUUGUAACACAGUGUGGAGCAUCGUCAUUAUUUGAGGCAUUGAAUAAUGGCCUCCCUGUCGUUGGUGUUCCUUUCAUUGGUGACCAGGAGUACAACUGUCUGAAACUUGCAAAGAGAGUCAAGUCAGCCAAGAUUGUCAAGUUGAACACAAUUACAAGUGAACAGCUACAAAAUGCAAUGGAAGAGGUCAUUAACAAUGAAACGUACAGAACAAAUGCAAGGAAAGCUGCCACAAUGUACCAUGAUCAACUCAUUGAUCCAAGAAAUAAAACAUUAUAUUGGAUUGAGUAUGUUAUUCGCCAUAAAGGAGCACAGCACUUGAGAUCAGCUGGGGAAAAUCAACUUAACUUUUUCCAGUAUUAUCUCCUUGAUAUAGCUGGAUCAGUUGUAAUUGUGAUCAUUAUUGCCUUGACCAGUGUUACUGUGAUUGUGAAAGCGUUACUAAAGUGCUUGGUAAAUGCUACAAAACUUAAAAAAGCAUAGUUUUGCAAGUUAUACCUGGCUUUUUCAACCUUAUAUACUCUGUAAGAUGUAAACAAGAGAUGGAUUGGCUAAAAGUACAUUAGAACUUACAAGAACUGAUGAUAUAUACUAUUGAUACAAGGGGAUUUUAUUGUUUAUUUCAUGUAAAUCAUAGAAUCUUGGUCUUUAUUCCUUAAUUAUAAAUAUACUUGCAAUUUCGGAAUUUUGUUUUCAUAUAAAUGUAGAAAAUAAAAAAUUUCAAUAUAAGAACAUCAAGAAGUGCUGUUUAGAAAUCGGCUAAGUGUGCCUAGUUGGUAACCUCAGUGGC